AUGUACUCAGCGGAGCAGAUUGACUCUUAUCUCUCUCGUAUCUCGUUUCCUGUGAAGAAGUACCCCAAAUCUACAGUCGCGGCAGAUCGUGUGGACGAGAGUUUCAAGUAUCUCUCCCAACUUCAGAAAUGCCACCUUUCCAGCAUACCCUUUGAGAAUCUCGCUCUCCACUACUCUCCAGCCCCUAAAAUUUCUCUCGAUAAAGACAUUGUGUAUGACAAGAUUGUCAGGAAGGCGCGAGGUGGAUAUUGUAUGGAGUUGAACCUUCUCUUUGCCAACGUAUUGAAAGGCUUGGGAUAUGAGGUUGUUCAAACGGGAGCGAGGGUCUUUGGAGCGUCGGGAGAACUAGAUGGAUGGAACCACCAAGUCAAUCUUGUGCGUAUUGGAGACACAAUAUACGCUGUUGACGUCGGCUUUGGAGGACCUGGCCAAACAAGACCACUACCUCUCACCACCGGCGUCAUCUCAAAAUGGGGCGCAACGAAUGCAGAGACUCGACUGAGGUUCCAGGAACCCUCGAAUCCUAUGGUGCAAGGUCUGUGGUUCUAUGAGCAUCGGAUUUCGGAGUCCCAUCCUUGGUCCCCGAUAUAUUGCUUUGGGAUGACCGAGUUCCUCCCAAACGAUUUCCAGGUCAUGAGUUUUGCCGUUUCCGCCAGUAGAGCGAGCUGGUUCACAUACAAAGUCCUGUGUAUGAAGAUGCUGUUGGAUGAGGAAAAGGAUGAUAUCACUGGGAUCGUGGUUUUGACGGAUAAGAUUGUGAAGAGGAGAGUGCAGGACAAGUCAGAGAUCCUGGCUGAGUGCACGACGGAAGAACAGAGAGUUGCGGCGUUGAAGGAGCAUUUUGGGAUCGUCCUUUCACGCGAGGAACAAGCUGGAAUCAAGGGGACAGCGGGAGAGUUGAAAGGAGAAGCAUGA